CUGACGAUUGUGUCAGUCAUACGGUCGAUGGUGCCGCUGGUGAGCAGAAAAACGGACGAAAAGAUUUGUAAAUUGGCAUCACCAAGUGAAGUAACUCUUCAACUAAACGUCAGGAAGAAUAACGCUGUGCGAGGCCCUACACUCUGAGUGUGACUUGGAGCAGCAGCCAUGUCGGGCUCCUACGAUGACUCCAUGAUCGAUGUCUCCAGUGACAGCUUCUGGGAGGUUGGUAACUACAAGCGCUCAGUGAAACGGGUAGACGAUGGCAGCCGGCUCUGUAAUGAUCUGAUGACCUGUAUUCAUGAGCGGGCGCGUAUUGAAAAGUCCUAUGCACAGCAGCUCACAGAAUGGGGGAAGCGCUGGCGCCAACUCAUAGAAAAAGGCCCUCAGUAUGGUACGCUGGAGCGGGCGUGGUCUGCCCUGUGCACGGAGGCGGAGAAGGUGAGCGAGCUCCACAUGGAGGUGAAGUCAGCGCUGAUGGGAGAAGACUACGAGAAGCUGAAGAACUGGCAGAGGGACUCGUACCACAAGCAGAUGAUCGGAGGCUUCAAAGAGACUAAAGAGGCGGACGACGGCUUCCGCAAGGCUCAGAAACCCUGGGCCAAGAAACUCAAAGAGAUGGAAACAAUGAAGAAGUCAUACCACUCUGCCUGUAAAGAAGAGAAGCUGGCAGCCAGCAGGGAGACAAACAGCAAACUGGAGAGUAACAACAACCCCGAAGCCCAAAAGAAGCUCCAGGAAAAGGUGGAGAAGUGUCAGCAGGACGUGCAGAAGACUAAAGAACGCUAUGAGAAAUCCCUGGAAGAACUGGACAAGCUGACCCCUCAGUACAUGGAGAACAUGGAGCAGGUGUUCGAGCAGUGGCAGCAGUUUGAAGACAAGCGGAUUUGCUUCUUCGGGGAGCUGCUGCUGGAGGUUAAACAGCACCUGGAUCUCUCAACCAAUCACAGAUUCCAGACACUUUACCAAACGCUGGAAGACACGGUUACUGCUACUGAUGCUGAAGAGGACCUGAAGUGGUUCCGGUCCAAUCACGGCCCCGGCAUGCCAAUGAACUGGCCCCAGUUUGAGGACUGGUCCAUAGAUCUAAACCGAACCCUCAGCAAAAGGGAAAAGAAGAAGCCAUCAGAGGGCGUCACACUGACCGGCAUCAGUCAAACUGGGUCAGACCAGCCCGUUCCGCCUGCUAAAUCCAGCAGCAGACUGACUGUGCCCACUAGCACAGCACCAGUGGGUUCAAACCCCUUUGAUGAAGAUGACGAAGAGGAGGAGGAGGAGGAGGAUGAGGAGGAGGAGAUGGCCGUGGAGCAGCAGCAGACCAUAGUCAACAACAACAGUGUGAAAAAAGAGGAAAUAAAAAUUGCGAGCAGUAUGGAGAAGACUCAGGACUGGUCAGAUGAAGACACAGGUGGAAACCCUUUCUCUGCCAACGGUGACGGCAAUCCCUUCGAAGACGAGCCGGCUUCUCCGGUCGUCUCUGUGCCAGUUAAAGCUCUCUACGACUAUGAAGGACAGGAGCAGGAUGAGCUGACCUUCAAAGCAGGGGACGAGUUCAUCAAAAUCGGCGAGGAAGAUGAUCAGGGUUGGUGCAAAGGUCGGCUCAAGGACGGAAAAACAGGCCUCUAUCCUGCUAACUAUGUGGAAGACAUCCAGCAAUGAUUUAUGACAAAUCAAUAAAUGUGAAUAAAAAGUAAGUGGUGUGUUACGAGAUGACAGUGCGGCUGGAAACGAGGAGGUCCUGCCUUUAUUUUUAACCCUUUUCCCCCUGUUGGCGAAGACUGGACCCGUGUUGGAGAAGAACGGAGGAGGAGAAGUUGCAGAUUAUGAAAGGACCACUUGGAAAGUUGUUGCCACAGAUUGACAGUCAAAAGAUGGAAAUUUACCACAAGUUUCCAGAUGAUUCCAAGCUAAGAAGAUCGCAGAGAAGAAAAUGCUGUGUAAAUUAUGUUACAUUACUUAGAAUCCCAUUUAUGCUGUUACAAAAACAAUAGCCUUUCAAGUAUAUAUUAGAUAAGAUUAAAUGUAUGUGGAUUUAUAUUUUGUGUAAACGAAACACUGGGAGGACACAUCGUCUUGCAAUGUUACAUGCUGCCUUAAUAUGGAAGCCACUAUGGAAGAUUACCCUUUUUAUUACCAUGAAGAUCUAUUUAGGUUUAAAACUAUUUCUGCCUUUUAGAAUCCAGUCCUUUAAUGUUAAGUUAGAUUUUUUCUUUUUGGACAAAAAAGGCCCCUAUGUUGAGAUCAUUAUGUGAGAUUUCACCUGAUUUUAAACGAGGGCUUACAUUGUUCUGCCAUUCCUUUCAGGGUUGUCUUUCCACUCAGUUCAUCAACUGUUCUGGUUAUUUUAUAAGGAAUGAUAAACAUCAGUGGAGCGUUAUCCUGAUAGUCUUUAUUUAGUUCACAGUGGGUCGGUUCCUCUAGUCACUGCAAUUGAAUGUAUAUUCACUGAUUGUAUUUCCUCACUUUUUUUGAUUACUUGUUUUCCCCAGCACUGACCCCCCCUGAACAAACUGUCCUCAAACUUUUCACACAUGUCUCUGUCUACUUUCUGUGGAUUGUGGACGUUUAAUUCUAUAUGGGUUAUUUUACGCAACACUGAAGGUUUUUCACAAACGUGUAUCUCUCCUGAAUCUCCAUGUUUUCAUUGUCUCUCUUCUAAAAUGUCAAGACAUGGGAGAAUAUUUUAGUGUUUUUUUGAAAAUACAUUGCAAUUUAUAAAGCAAUAAAACCAGGCCAGUGUGGCAUUGCAUACCUGCAUGUAAAUAGCCUGGGUGAAAGAAAUUAGAACAAAUUAAGCAGCAAUAUCAGAUGAUUUGUAGUUUGAAAUAGAUGAUUGUUAAUUUAUGAUGCCACAAGUGCUUUUGUUAUACUCUUGUUAGAAUGCUGUGACUGAGAAUCAGCUUGUAUAGUAAUUGAAUGUUUGAUGGCGAACAUCCCUUGGAUCUGUUAUUUUGAUAUAUUUGUAAAUAUAAUUUACCCAUAACAGAUGGCCAUACUCAUUGAGUUAAUCAACACAUAUGUGAAUACUUGUUAAUUUUUCCUUUGGAUCUAUGAUAUGAAUGGACCUGAUUUCUGUAGACUUACAUCACUGCAAAAAUGAACUGCCUGCUUUUCUUUAGUGCAAGCUCCAAAUAAAUGAAAUGCCCAGUGCAUCCAUGAAAUCAUUAAACAAAAAGCUAUUUGAUGUCUUUACCUGCUAUGAGAGGAACAUUAAUUUGGUUGUCUUUAAUAAUAGUGAGAGGAGACGUUUUGCCAUGUUUUCAGGGCAUGCUGUCGUCAAAACGCAGCAACAGCUGUACUUGCACAGUAAGGUUUGUAAAUGUUGUCCCACAACAUAAUAAAUGAACUUAUUGAAAAAACUG